CCUCACAGGAAUGAAAGUAUGCUUGCAAGAUAAAAAGCCUACUUUAGUAUCGCACUCAAGGAAAAACCUACAAUAAUGGCAACAGCACGCCUCCGACGAACAUUUCACUACCCCGACUCGGAGGACGACGAAGCCGUAGAAGAGGGAAUGGAUGAGCGAGACCAGGAGGAUCUUAUAGCCAAACUUUCCAGCCGAGAUACCACCUCAACCACCCUCUACACCCACCUCCUCCUUAUCCUUCCCUUGGCCCCUCUACUUUUCUACCUCCCACGUCUAUUCCAUUUCUCCACCGUAAUAUCGAGUAUUCUCGCCAUCGGGAGUCUGUUAAGUUCGGCGUAUACUCUGUACUUUCUCCCUCUCCCACCCGUCAGCUCUUCCACAGCCUCCGUGUCCGACAAGAGCCGAAAAGGGAAAUCCAUAUCCCGUGACCCAACCACUGGGGCCAGAUCUGCCUCUUCAUGGACUUCCCCGGAGUCGCGGCCUGUGCCUUAUUUAUCCACCGAUACAGUGGAGCUGUUGAGGAAAUACAUCAUCCCGCUAAACGCAAGCAUCUGCGCCGUCCUUGCGCUUGUGGAACUCCUCUCAGGCCGGACAUGGAGCGAAGGGAUGAUGAUAGGUGGAGGCAUAAUAGACUCUCGCAAGAAGGUCUCGACUAUUCUACGUGAUGCUUCGCAAGAGUAA